AUGGACGAAUCCACGACGCACCUCCUAACCUCCCUCCUCCCCCCCACCGUCGCCACCCUCAUCGACACGCACAUCCUGUCCCCGACGUCCCCCCUCCAGGCCCUCAAGCGGCACCUCCUGCUGCAGGCCCGCCGCCUGCAGCCCGCCGUGCAGCCGGUGCUCGACCGCGCGCUCGAGCAGCUGUCGUCGCACCAGGCCGCGCUCGACGUGCUCCUGCCGCUGGCCACGGUCGUCGCGACCGUCGUGGUGCUCAACUGGGUGCGCCGGCUGGUGCUCUGGUGGACGCGGCUCGUGUUCCGGGCCCUGUUCUGGGCGCUCGUCGCGGUGUUUGCGGCGUGGGUGUGGAAUCGGGGGGUUGUGGAGAGCGCGAGGGAUGCGGCUGUGCUGGGGGCCAAAGUUGCGGGUUAUGUGGCUGUGUUGAAGGACGUUUGGGUGGAUGAGUAUAAGAGGUAUGAGGGGCAGCAGGCGAGUGGGAAGUGGGAUGAGUAUUCGGCGAGGAGGAGCGGUGGCGGGCUGUAUGAGCAGAGGCGGUGA